AUGCGGUUAUUUCCCAAACAAUACCGAUGCUCGACAUCGCUAUUAUUAUUAGUACUCAUAUUAAGUCUAACAGUCAAUGAUAGUGUUGGCGACAAAAAAAUGAAAGAAUUAAUGAAAUUAAUAAAGAAGUUGAAAAAGUUGGCACCACUUCUAGCGUUGGCUAAAAUGAAAUUGAAGCCCAAAUUCGGAAUACUUCCCAUUCCUAUACCACUACCCAUACCACUCAAAAUAGAGAAAAAGGAACCACCUAUUUAUAUGACUAAACCCUCCUAUGGCGGUGGAGGCGGCGGAUAUGGUAUGGGAGGCGGAGGAGGUGGUGGCGGCGGCGGAUAUAGUAUGGGAGGCGGAGGAGGUGGAGGUGGUUAUGGAGGUGGCGGCGGAGGAGGAGGAGGAGGUGGCUAUAGUAUGGAUAGCGGAGACAGUUAUGAAGAUAUGGGUGGAUACGGAGGUAUGGAUGACAGUUAUGGUGGCGGCGGAGGAGGCGGCGGCGGUUACGGAGGCGGUGGUAGCGGAGGCGGCGGCUAUGGAGGAGGAGGCGGCGGCGGAGGAUAUGGAGGUGGCGGCGGAGGAGGCGACGAAUAUGGUGGUGGUUAUUCCGGAGAGGGUAGUGGAGGUUAUGGUGGUGGUGGUGGUAGUGGGGGAUAUGGCGGAGGAGGUGAUGGGGGUUAUGGAGGUGGUGGUGGUGGUUAUGGCGGUGGAGAUGAUAGCUAUGGUGGCGGUGGCGGUGGUGGUGAUGGAGGCUAUGGCGGAAGCGGUGGGGGUUACAGUGGUGGCGGAGGAGGCGGUGGCUAUGGUGGUGGUGGCGGCGGCGGCGGCGCUUAUGGAGGUAAUGAAAUCGGUAGCUAUAGAAUUAAUAAAUCAUUUAUUAGUAAUAAUGGUGAACAUGAAGACGUUGAUAUCAUUGCAGAUGUCGGCAAAAAUGGCUACUAA